AUGGUGGAACUAGUGCCACCCCCACGGUUUGUCUUGCCGUCCUUCAGAUACCCCCAGACUGACGUGUCCACCUUCAAAAGAAUAUGGCGUGCGCUCGACAUCAUCUCGCCUGGCGCACCAGCCUCCAGUGGUGCCAAUCCACCACCCAAUCCUUCCCCCAAGACCAUCACCAGGAGAUCCUCCCAGUCCCACAACAUCACUGCCGCCAGUUCCGGCUCCAAGACCCCUAAGAAAGCCUCGCCUCUCGCAAUGCUAUUUGCGUCGCUACCAUCCCUCGAAUACAACCUCUCCAACUUACAGCAUUUCCAGGCCAAGUUGUGCGCCCAGAUCUACCAGCUCGAGUUGGAGGCCAGUGGCUGCCGUGCUAGCACCCGCAAGAUCGACGUGUUCGACUUGGUGCGGUUGGCACCCGCCCAGUUACGGGCAAUCGAAACGAACUACCAGGUGGUGCAGAUGCUCCAGUUGAUAGCGAUCUUGAUAGACUGUCUCGAAUUCAACAGGCUGGUUCCUGAGAAGUAUCUUGACUACACGAGCCAUGUCAACGGACGGGUGUUUGCCUUGGGACGCGACGCCUACAAGUUGUUUGGCGAGGCGCUCAUCUUGACGGUGAUUGAGUCCUUGGCCGAGAAGAGCCAGUCCAACAGCCUGGUGUUGACGUUGGAGGAGCACGUCUCCUUCAACCUCUUCAUAUCCGACAUCUUGAACUACAUGAUCCUCCAGAACAACGACGCCCACAUCAAGACCCCUGUGGUGGUGCCGGCUCCGUUCACCAAAAAGAUCCCCACCAACGUGCGGGAGUCCAAGGUGUACGCGUACGAAAACCCCCCCAGAGGAUCGUGUGGCGAGAUUUCCAUCAAGUCGUCGCGGUUGUCGUUGUACUCGCCAAGCGAGUUGGACUACGACCUGUCAUUUGCCGACGAGGUCACCAUCGCCAAGAGCGCACCUCGGUCGCUCUACUCGGAGGAAACCGUCACCGACGACUAUGCUGUGGAUGCUGGAGAAGACGAGGUCGAAGACGACGCUUACACCUACUUGAACUCGUUCGACGAGCAGCCGGUGGUGCGAAAGAAGGGAAGACUCUCGUUUUUCAGGAGAAAGAGCAUAGUGGAUGGAAGUGGUGCCAAAUUGGCGCCAAGCCUGAGCAUUAGGUCUCGUCGCUGA